ACUGCUGUUAGUUUGAGAAGCAACAGGCAGGUGAACCACAGUGAGAGGAGGCCAGAUCAAAGGUGAAAUAAUCAUUUUUAAUGUCCUGCUUUGCUGAAACCCCCUUUCACAAUGAACUGGUUUCAAACCAUCAUUUUUGGAUACGUCUUCACUGCCUGUGUUUUAUUGGAACCAUGUGUGUUACAAGCUACUUCAACCCAGAGCAACAUCACCACAGCUGACAGUUUCAUAGAGUUUGACUCAGUCCCUGACAAAGUGGCAGAUGGUUCAGUGGUCCGUGUGCGGUAUCAGUGCUCCAGGCCAUGUCAGCUCGUAGUGGAAGUUGUGUUGUCAGCAUUAAGAAAGACAGAUUUGGUGGUCUUCAGGAGAAAAUGGAUCAGCAGCAAACCUCGAGUACUCAGGGUCCAGCAGGUGUUACUCAGACUGCCGCAAUCUGUGUCCCAUCACAGCAGUGUUUUCCAAAGGCACACGUUAGACUCCCAGAACCUGACGCUUCAAGCAUGGUUGGAUUAUUUAAAAAAUGGCAGUGAAAUCGGCUCCAUGUUGAGGAUCUAUAAAGUGCAGCAGGUCGUGCAGCUUUCCUUGUGGCGGAGAACAGCCUCUGCUGGAUGCCCGUCAUGGUCUGCUCAACUCAUGUGGCUGAUGUCCAGCAGCAGAAUCCAUCAGUGCCCACAUGAGUCAGACGUGAUAGAUAUGCUAAAAUUCCCUCUGGCAAGCACUGGAGAGCACUUCGGGGUGGUCCGUAGGUUCCAGCCUUUCAUCAACGAAGCCCUGGAGAGAGCCCGUCUUCAUGCUGUAACAGAGCCCAGCGUCACCUUCUCCGUGUGGAUCUACCUGCUAAAAUGGUGUCAGAAAAACCUCUGUGGGAUCGUCCAUCAUGUGGACAGGAAACAUCUAUUUGACUCGCUGCUGAUACAGCUCUCAGAAACAGGAGACAUCAUAAUUCAGGCCCGACUGAAAAGCGGGGAAGAUGAAGCAUUCAAAGCCGUCCUAAUGUUGCCCCUGUGGAACUGGAUUAGAUUGGACUGUUACAUAGUGGACUCAAAGGUGCUGCUGAAUGUAACCUGGGAUGAUAAGAGCCACCAAUAUGAAUAUGUAUUUCAGAACAGUAUUCAUUAUGAUGACACUGAUGGAUACUUUGUGAUUGGAGGAGGCAGAUACAUGCCAGGCAUCCGUGGCUACUUCGGGCCUUUCAAGUAUUAUCGUUUUGGAACCAAUGAGAUAAAAAAUCAACUUCACCUCAUGCCAGCAGCACAGGAGCUGAACAGGGCUCACAUGGAGUGUCAGGAAAUAAGAGGCUUUACGAUAGCUUUUCUGCAGCAAGUAGCCGAGAGUCACCUUCUGUCCCUGACCAACAAAGCUGUCUGUUCAAACAACCUGACACAUUGGACUCAGUUCGAUACCAGGAAGGCAACAUGCACACAGACAUGGAGCAUGGAAAAACAACUAAAAUACAAAACUCUAUUUCAUUUCCUCCAAGGAGAGGAAGGAAUUACCCAAACAGGACAUUUGGGUUUGAAAAACCUUGGAAGUGUUUUGUUUGAGCAAACAAUUAACUCAGAGUUCCUUGUGGAGGAGAAACAAAUUAAGAUCCCUUCUGAAUCGAUGGCUCUGUUGCAAGCAUCCUCCUGCUUUGGAAAUCACAAAGCGUCUCUGUUGUUGGCCACCAUCUUCCUGUCUGGCCUGGGUUACCCAGCCAAUCAAGAACAGGGUCAUGUCUAUAGUUUGAUUGGGGCCUCUGGCGAUGACCGUUUCGCCCUGAUGCAUGCAGGGUUCAAGCACACGCAUGGACUUGAUGGAUUUCCUGAAGACUUGGACAUGGCUUACGGCUACUAUUCCAACGUUGGAGCACAGAGCUGCAUUGACGGCUCUCGAGUGCACGAGUUUAAGCAAUACACACCUCCGCUUAUCUAUUUAGGAAAUGAGGAGGAUCUAAACACCCUGACUGACGAGUCCAGUGAUGUUUUUCAGUAUUUAAGAUUCCAAGCAGAAAGGGGAGACCCUGAAGCCCAGAGACGUCUGGGAACAAUGCUUUACUGGGGACAAAAUGGAGUCUCCAAAGACAUAGCGAGCGCGGUGAAGUGGUUCAGGAGGAGUGCCAUGCAAAUGAAGAAUCCGGCGGCAGUCUACGACUACUCCAUCCUACUAAUGAAGGGCCUGGGAGUGAAGAGAAACUACACUCAAGGUUUUCAGCUUCUGAAAAAAGCAGCAGCAAUGGGCUCAAUCAGUGCCCUGAAUGGCUUGGGCUGGUACCAUGGGAUUGUGCUGAAGGACCACAGAAAUGCAAUAAAAUACUUUGAACAAGCAGCCUUAAAUGGGAGCGAUGAUGGGAUGUUCAACCUGGGAAUUUAUCAUCUCAGUGGGGAAAACCCUGACAAGCCAUGGAGGAAUGAGAGUGCUGCAUUUGAGCAGUUUCUGAACGCCUCUCGCUUCGGCCACGUAGCUGCAUCAGUGGAAGCAGCGUGGUACCUUUCGACAGGAAGCCUGGAGGGCGUUGCUCAGGAUGUGAAGAGGGCUGUGACAUUGCAACAAAAGGCCUGCAAACAGAACGGCCACCUUGGAUUUAUGAUCAGGGAGGCUCUUCAGGCCCACCUCAAGGGAGCUCGGGAGAAAGCACUUCUUAAGUACAUUUUGGCUGCUGAAACCGGCCUCGGUUUAGCCCAGAGUAACGUCGCUCACUUGUGUGAGGAGCUGGGCUUCGGUUAUGACUGUCUGUGGAGAUAUCAAAACCACUCUAUAUUAAACUCUGAUCCUCAUCCGUCCACCCUGCUGAAAAUAGGAGACUACUACUACCAUUCCUCCAGCGCGCACGGAAACUCAUUAUCCUUGGCUGAGCAGGCCGUAUCAAUGUAUAGCAGAGCGGCUCUGGCACGCAGCCCUCAGGGAAUGUUCAACUUAGCCGUUCUGGCUCAAAAAGGCCACAUCCUUCCACAGAGCGUCCUCGCUGCCUUCAAUGCAUCGCGUUGGGAUGGAGUGGAGUCUGUGACGGAGAAGAUUUUAAAAAGAUGUACAGAGAUUGAGAAUGAUGAGGCAGUUACACCCUGUUCUUUAGCUCUGCUCGGACUCCAGAUGGGAAAAGCCUGGAGGAGCGUGACUCACAGCCCAGCACAGCUCCUUUUGGCAUAUGCAUCCAUGGUGUCCAUGAUUGUUUUUGUAGUUGUGGUGCCUUUGCAGGACCUUCUUGAGCGAAGAAGUAAGACAUCUGCUCUGAGGAGGAGGAGGACAGCUCCUGUGAGCCAAACAGACCAGGCAGACGACAUGGGGAGAGCAGCAGGGAGUGCAUGGCUCACUCUGCAUGACGAAGAGUGGCUCAGACAGGCCAGCGAUUUGGCUGUGACUCUAUCUGGUGUGUGUCUCAGUGCUUUCUGGACUACACUCCUCUAUCAUCUCCUGCGACAGACAAUUCCCAGCACGGUGAUCCAAUAGCCACAGAAAAAAAAAAACAUUAUUGGAAAAGCAUACAUUUAGAGGCUACCUUUCAUGGACUAUUUGUGUUUCUGAGCCAUGUGACUCAUUUAAGGACAUAAAGGAGAAUAAUAAGAGUCAUUAUGAGUGAGAGCAGUGUCACCUGAUGGCUGACAAUGUCUCCUCAGUAGCAAUAUUUAGGGUUUUAUCUUUAUUAAAAAUAAACCACUUAUCACAGAGUUCAGUGAAGUAUCCCUGCCUGUAUUUUUUAAGGUGUGGAUGGUUGGCAGGAGUUUGGACCUUUUAUUAUAUUGCAUGUUAGUCAAAAGCAGAUAUAAACUCUAUAGCUAUGUAUUAAAAAAAAAAAAAAAAAAAAGAUUCCAUUCUAGUGAUGAUAAUGUGUGGAGAUGUUUUACCAGCUCGGUUCUAAUAAGUCACCUAUUAAGGCUUGUCCCUGGUCCUAUCAGGGACAGGCAGAUGAUAAGUGCUGCACAGGAGACAAGGACAUACUGCAAAAGUAUGUGGGGCAUGAUAAAUGAUGUUUGGUCCAAAAGCCCAGUGUUCUUUCUAUCACUUAGUCUUUGUGCAGGUGGAUGUGGUCAGUGAUAAACUCGGCAUAUAUCAACUGUACCCAUUGGUAAUAAGAUUGUAGCUGGAAAAGAAAGGGGCUAUAGCAACAGGUGAUUUGUUACUUCAUAACUCUUGUGCAUUUUUUGGGACUGGGAUGAAAGGAACCCUUUUGUAAAUUCAGUAUCUCAGUGAAACAAACUCAGAAAUACCCAGUGUUGUUGUUGCUGUUGUUUUGCCUGCAUGUCACUUCACCUAACAGUUAUUUACAGGUCUGACCGUCUCGGAUGUAAUAAUGUGCAGUUUCUAGGUGGCGUUCAUGGAGCUGUCAUUAGUUAAAUAAGGAGUUGCAAUGUGUAAACAAGCCCAUGUGGAGCAGCUUCACUUGAAACUGACAGUGUAUAAUUUAGAUAAAUGAAAUGUUAUCCCAGUUUUGUCUUUUAUCUCUAAAAUAGAAUUCGUGUUGUUUGGAUUUGUUUUGUUUUUACUUAAGAUGAACAAGAUUUGCGCUUCAUUGUGUUGCUAGAAUUUUACAAUUCUUACAGAUUUUCUCUGUGUUUCAUUUUAUAAAACAAGCAUUAGAUGUGAUUAGAAGAUCUGAGAAAAAUAAAUAAAAAAAAUCAAAUGUUUUUAAUACAUUUUGAUUUGCUAUGUUUUGGUAGAAUUACAUGUUUUAUGGUUUAUUCUCUAGCACUCAAAAUGAGUCAUCUGCAUAUGAUUUAAUUUUAUUAGUGUUUCCCUCUGACUUUGUACAGUAAAUGUCACGAUGGUUCUUCCUUAUAGCCUAAAGAUUAGUCAGCUGCACAUGAUUUAUUUCUUUUUAAACAAGAUCUAGAUUCUUCAGAGAAAAUGUUUAUUAAAAAUAAGUGUAAACAAGUUUAAUUUUGAAAUAAUCUGAAUGAACUACUGUGUAUCUCUUUUUGAUACCACUUAAACAUCAGUCUGCCUCUUUUCACUUUAGUAUAUUAGAUUUUAUGAAACAAGAACUGUAUAAAUAUUUAGAAGUUUUGCUUCUAUAACACUUUAUCUGUACAGAAAAUCAAACAGAGACUGUGAAAAUCAAAUAUUUAAAGGUAAACUAAGGAGACAAGAAACUUAUUUUUUGACACUGUCUGUUGCACAAUUUAAAAACAAUACUUUUUCCUGAUUAUUUUUUUAUUUGGUGAUUAGAUGUGAUUGUUUUCCCAAAGCAUCAACGUUUUCUGCAGUGAUGUCAGGUAGAGAGAAGGAUCCUGUGUAGCAGAGUUCACCACAGAACAUCGAACAGGAAGUUCCCUUAAAAGGAAGGAGUGAUGCAUAUUCAAUGAUACAUGACUGGAUGUUUGUGUUAAAUCAGAAGGCACAAAAGUUACAGCUUAUAUAUUUCAAGGGACUCCCGUGGAUUUCACUGGUCUCAUCAUCUGGUCCCCAUCAUUAGUACCCAGUCUGGUAUCCAUUCAAAAUCAGGCAUCAUCCCAGGUUUCAAUAGAUGCCAGGUGGAAAGUGAAGGAGUAAAAAUUGUUUGCCCUUGCUAAUUUAUCGAUUUUUUUUUUAAUGAAUUAGUACCUCUGGUAGCAGAGCAGACCCACAGCAUGACUCUGCCAACAACAUGCAAGCUACAUAAACCUGUCUGAUCCUCUAGUAAUUUCUGGUUGAUGAUAUAGAUAAAACUCAGUCUAAGGUUCUACUUUUCAAAAUCUCAUGGAUUCAUUUGUAUAUUGGCAUGCUUCUGAGCAUUAAGCGGUCUGCUUGUCUCCCUAGUGCUUUCAGACAAAGAAAGGGGACAACAUUUGGACAUAUCUUGCAAAUUGUUUAAAAUUGCCGCCCUAAAUAACAGCAAAAAGUCUAAAAAAAAAUUAUCUAAUUACUCUCCAAAUUCUCACAAAACUGGACACACUCUUUUUAAAAACUAUACAGUAUUAAUUUCUUAUGUUGUAAAUGUGCCCUUAAGCUACUGUCUCUCAUUUUUUUGUUAUUUUUUACCUUGUUUGAAUCUGCAUGCAUCCAGUUUGCCGGUGACUUUGAUGCUGGUACCUCUGAAGUUCCCCGCAAAGUGACAAUAAAGGUUCUAAUCUACAAGAUAAAUGAUCAGAGAGCAUUUUAUAAUGGUGCAAAAGUUACAGGUACCGCCCUAUUUAAAUGAGGAUUUUGCAUUGCUUUGACCAUGGCAUGUUUCAGAGAGCUGAGGGGAUUUAUUUUAGUCACAAUAUGCAGCAGCACUGUGCCCAGAUGGUCUGUAUGAUUGCUAUGUGGAAAAAUUGGUUUGUUUGAAAUGAUAAGAACCAUCAGAUGACUUAGAGGCAAGAAGCUUCUGGCAUCUGAAGCUGUUGUAGCCACUCAUUAUCAUUGCUUAAUUUUCUGAGGGCAAUGGUAAUCAGAAAUGACUUUUACAUUAUCUUUACAGAA